ACGAGUUGCAUUGCUGUCAAGAGAGACGCUGAGCAGUUCUGUAGUUGCCCUGGUGCAGAACGGAAGAGCGCAUUCAUCGUGUUUGAGGCAGCUUGACGGCAGCAAUGCAUGGGGCUUGGAGCGAAAGUCUUUGAACACGAAUGAUCAUGCAAGUGGCAACUCGCCAAGGGGAGUAUCAAAGGAGAUUUAAGAAGCAUCACAUCACACAGUGAAGGUUGACGCUCUUUUCUGGUCUAGCCGAAAUUGUUUCUUGACAAGGACAUAGCGCGUAAUGCAAGAGAAACGGCUAACCGAUAGCCAGCAGCGCCAAUUGGACGCUGAUGUGGCAUCGCGGACCUCAGACGUGGAGGCUCCAGACAGGAGCGGCAGAGGUGACAUCCCUUUGCCAGGGAGCACGGGGGGGCAAGGGAUCGCUGGACCCCCAAUGAACGGCAAUACUGUAAAUGAUCACCAAUGUAAGGCGGACUUACAACAAGAAGGGGGAAGCAAACAUGAUCAUGAAAAGCAGCCUCUGAGCAAAUCCGGAACAGAUCAUGGGGUGCGAGUUGGCGGAGCUCCGAAGGGAGCGGAGUUGAACCCUGUAAUCCCAGUUCCUGAAAAGGGGGAGAGAGUGCCUGAAAUGGAUCGAGGGGAGGGGCGACAGGGAAGCCCCAGCACGGGGGGGUCCCUGAGCAGCGGUUCAAGGCGGGGGCGUGCAUUGGAUCUGGAUCUGAAUGCGCCAAUGGAAGAGAGAGGGGAAGGGGGAGCGGAUGCGCAGUGGCAGGAUCAUCAGCUGCAGUUGGAGGGCAUCAAGCGCAGCAACAGCGCGGCCUCACCUCCGAUGCCCCCCCCCCGGCGGUGCCCAGCCCUCCGGCGCGAACUGGUUCAGAUCCAGGACCGGAGAAACUAG